ACGAAUCUCAUCUCUGGCUGCUAGUCGUCAACAUUCAACUCAACCACUCAACUCAGGCAGGCACCCUAACUACAGUCCGCGAGACAGGCACACCACACACAUCCCCAUCCCAACGUCACGAGGUGCUACAACCACCACACUUCUCGGCGAUCGACAUGGGCGGCAUAACCAGGCAAGUGUCGCUCAUGGCAGUAGGCCGACCGCCUCAUUUUCCAGUCCAAGUGACCUCAAGAGCUGCCGCACGGCGGCCACCGUAACAGGGAACCGCUCACCGACCGUCGCCCCAUCCGCCACCACCGCCUCGCUCGUCCUGACCACGAUUUGCCCUUCAUAGAGAGACACUGACGCCACGACAGAGCCGCCACCCAGUAGCAGCCCCACAAUUCGCAUUGGUACGUGAAGACCUGGUGGUUCCCUCCACAAUUCCACUUGCAAAUCGAUGACGAACAUGUCAGAUUUGCCGCUGAGGUCAUUCUGCAGCAGGGCACGAUAGCCAGCAUGACGCAACCCCACUGUCACAUCGAGGACGACAUUACCGCGGCCCCGAUAACCGAGCCGCUGCAGCAAAGUGUCGAGGGCAAACUCGCUGAAGGAGCGGUAGAUAUGGUGGUUCGACGAGAAGUCACAGCUGACGGGUGGGUCAGUGUCUCGACAGGUGCGACGAAUGAAUGGAUUCAAGUGCCACAGCUCGUCUCGCCCGAUGACGCGGAACCGCCUCUCUCCGAGACGAUACCACUGCACCGCCCGCCUCCUGUGGUGGAGCACCCAUGCCAUUUGCAAUCCAAAUGCGACGGCAAAAAGAAGAAUGAGCCCGCCAGCCAAGAUGCUAAGCACCAAGGCAGCGAGCCAGCACAAUAUGGUCCGGUCCGAGAGCCGGCCACUGCGGACGGCAUGGUAGCAAUCCAACGUGCUUGACAAGAGAAGCCAAGCGCACCCCACCAGAUAGAAAAAGUAAACGGCUGCAGUCAGGAGUUGCACCAGCGGACGGGUCGGCAAGGCCGCGACAAAGGUCCCCGCUCUGCCGGCCUCGGUGAGGUGAGCGCCGCCGUCCUCGGUGAGGUGAGCGUCGCCGCCGUAGACAUGGCCAAAUAUCUUGUUAACGGCCAUAGCAGCGGGCAGCCGAUGGAAGCUGGCCUUGUCGGGAAGGUGAGCCGCCACUCUCUCAGCCGAGAGUACGAGGGGCAGUGGGCGACCCACACCACAGGCACUCGCCACCCUGAUAAAUGCGGCCAUCAUCCGCCACUCAGCCGCCCGCUCGAUGACGUACGCACAGCGAGCGAGAUACCCGAAUCGCGAGAGGGAUGGUGGGAGUGGAGGGGCUGCGGCAUCGACGCCGCGGUCCCUCUCCACAUCAAUGAGGCCAGUGGGCUGCUGCUGGGCGAGGGAGCUGCUGAUGCGAUGAAGUAGAAACUCCUCAUGGAUCAGUUGAGUGCCGUAAGCCUUGCCGACCACCUGGAGCCGCACGGCAUCGUCAACGGGCAGAAGGGGGAUGACCACACGGGCAAAGACGUCAGCAGGGAGCCCUUGAUCACCGUCAGCAAUGCCAGCGACCGGCAAGGCUGAACCUGGUAAUCAUCAUCAUGAUCACAGGAGGCUGACAGCAUGCAGCUGACGGCCUGAGAGUGCGUUGUUGUCAUGCCAUUUUUCGGGCACCGUUGCAGCUGCAGCUUCAUCGUCAUGGUUUUUUCGGGAAUCCUUUCUCCGUCAAACCUUUUCUCCGCUAGAUGAAGCUCGCCCUUUGGCUCCAUGGAUGGCCUCCCCCCAACAUCGUCCACUACGCUGCAACGGUGCAUCCUCGCCUGCGAGCGCGAGCGGCACGGUCGUUUGGUGCGCCACGUCCUCCGACGACGGCCAGAUCUGCGUCCGGCCAGAUCUUCUCCAACAACGCAGCGGAGGGAGGAGCUUGUUUCGUUUGACGUCCAAGUCUUUGGCAAAGAACGCUCGAAACACCUGACUUGGACGUCCUCUCGUUGCCGCCAAGCCUCUCGUUUCCCUCCUGAUGCUCCCCUCCGUGAGGUCAUCAUCAGGUGCGACCGAGCGAGCCUAUGGUCCAU